AUGACGGGAAGAGAGAUUCUUAACAAGAUGAAGGAAAAAGCAUGUUUUUCAACUUCAAUUACACCGGAAGCGGGAAAAGGCAAAAGUAAAUCCUCGAAGCACAUUACUUGUGGCUUCUAUCUUGAGAAAGGAAAAUCAAAUCAUGCUAUGGAAGAUUGUUUAGUUUCUGAAUUCAAGAAAUUGGACGAUAAUGAGUUGGGUCUAUUUGCUAUCUUCGAUGGGCAUAUGGGGCAUGACGUUGCAAAAUACUUGCAAGGGCACCUGUUUGAAAAUAUUCUGAAGCAGCAUGAUUUUUGGACCGACACAGAGAAGGCAUUAAGAAGAGCUUAUAAGACCACAGAUAACGAAAUAUUGGAGCAGUCCUUUCACUUGGGGAAAGGAGGGUCGACUGCAGUUACUGCAAUAUUGAUGGAUGGGAACAAACUGGUAGUUGCAAACGUGGGGGACUCUCGGGCCGUCAUAUGUAAGAAGGGUGUUGCGAAACAAAUAUCAGUUGACCAUGAACCGAGCAGGGAAAAGUCGAUGAUCGAGAAAAAGGGUGGCUUUGUAUCAAACAUUCCAGGUGAUGUUCCUCGAGUUGAUGGUCAGCUGGCAGUGGCCAGGGCAUUUGGUGACAAGAGCUUGAAGAGACAUCUUAGCUCAGAACCAGACGUUGCAGUCGAGAUAGUAGAUGAAGACGUAGAGUUUGUCAUUUUAGCUAGCGAUGGAUUAUGGAAGGUGAUGUCAAAUCAAGAAGCUGUUGAAUCCAUCAGAAACAUUAAGAGUGCUCAAUCGGCUGCAAAGCACUUGGUCGAGGAGGCUAUUUCUAGGAAAAGCAAGGAUGAUAUCUCAUGCAUUGUUGUCAGGUUUCAGUAA